ACUUAAGGAUUUCUAGUCUAAAUGUAUUGGUGCCUUAGUUUGCAGACCUAGUCUGAAUUGUACUUAAUGCACAUAAGCAAGCUGCAGCACAGCGUUGUAGCUAUUCUAUACUGUCCUUUCUGUAUUGUUCAUUAUCAGGAGGCAUUAUUGAGGACACAGAUAGUGCUUAUUCAUUCAUAGCUGGCAGCCGAAUAGUACUGCUACAUAAAUAAAAAAAAGUGCUGUGUGCGUAACACAUGCCACUUACAGAUCCUCUCUUCUUUUUACUAGGUCAUAUCACAGUUGCAAAGCUAGAGCGACUUCUAGGCUCCAUCCAAUCGGCAUAUCAAGUUCAAGCAUUUAAAUAUGCAGGUGUGCCCCUGAACAGCCAGGCAGCAUUUGAAAUGGCAGCUAAAGGCACGGUGCGACCUGCUGAUGAGUCUCCUACUCUUGUAUACAACAUUCGCUGUGUGGAACUGGAUCUGCCUUACUUCACACUUGAAGUGAGCUGCAUCCAUGAAACUGAGAACUAUCUUCUGCAGCUGGUGCAUGAAAUUGGGCUGCACCUUCAUUCGUGUGCCAUCUGCCAUCGUGUACGACUCGUACGCUACGGUUUGUUUAACACCGAUUUGGCCUUGCUGCGAAAGCAUUGGACUUUAGAAAAUAUCUUGAGAAAUAUUCAAGACUGCCAGCCGCUUGUGGCUCAAGAGCUGCUUGAGCCUCACUCGCCACAUUUUAUUGACUUUAAUGAAGCCAAACAGAUUCCUAGGCCAGGAAAAUAAUAGUGAGCCCGUGCCGUCACUGAACUGCCAGCUUAUUCUAGCUGUGUGUGUCUUUUUUUUUUUUUUUUCAAUAAAAUGCCAUAUAUUUAUUUGUGCUAUGGAUGCAUGAAGGUUUUCACUUGUACUAAUUUUUCUGCAAAAAUCGCUUUUAAAUAAUGCAACAUUUAUGCACCCGGUACAGUAGAACCUUGUUGGUAUGUUCCUUUCACGUUUUCCUAGCUCUGAAGCACUGGUUCCAUCUAGAUCUCAACACAGCUCACAGUCGAAAGCCAAGAGCAGGUGGACAAAGGCACACGGGGUUGCGUUAAGGCCAAACUACACGUACGCUUGCCGGUGCACAAAAACUCACGCUCGCGCGCCUACACAUGCGCAGAUGGCGCGGGACAGAUUGUACGCGUCGAAGCACAGCGUGAACAUGGAUA